AUGUCUCAAAGGAUAGGGAACGCAGCAGUUGCUUUAACAAGAGUGUGGCACCACGUUGAUGUGGCUGGAGAUCACAGGACCUUGGGUCGGUUGGCAUCUAGCAUAGCUAUAGCUUUACAAGGGAAACACAAACCUACGUUUUCACCAAAUAGAGACCAUGGAGAUUAUGUUGUGGUAACCAAUUGUGCCCACUUGAAAAUAACGGGUAACAAACUCCAAGAUAAAACAUACUGGUCACAUACCACACGUCCAGGUUCGUUGAAUUUGAUUCCUAUGCAAAGAAUGAUAGAUAACAAAGGUUAUAAUGAAGUGUUAAGAAGAGCUGUCAAAGGUAUGAUACCAAAGAACAAAUUGAGACUCGUCAGAAUGGACAGAUUAAAGUUAUACGAUGGAGAUGAGCAUCCUUACAAGCAGAACUUGAUUGCGUUUGCUGAUGAAGCUCAAGAAGUGAGAGAAAAGAUCGCUAAUUUGGAACAGUCUGAGAAAGAAAAGCAAGAGCUUCGUGAGAAGUUCUUCAGUCAAUGA